AUGUUUACUAGUAGUUUGACAUUAUUCAAUCAUUUAUCGUAUGAUAAUAUUUAUCCAUUACCUGAUUUAAUGCUUGAUCGAUUUUGUUUCCAAAUUUUACCUUCGAUUCAUAAUGAAAUCAAAUGGAUUGAUCUUGAAGUAUCAUCUAUGAAACGUAUUCUUUCUGCAAAUUAUCCGAUUUUAUUUGGACUUGAUGAAACUUCUUUAAUGUAUAUGUUGAAAAAUCAAAUUUCAUCACUCGUUAUUGAAUCUAUUAGAAAACUAUAUAGAUCAAGAGAUGCUAAUACACGUAUAUUUACACAUAUCUUAAAUACCUUUAUCAAUUUACAAUAUUUAAAGUUUCAUUCAUCGUUUGUUUCUUCUCAACGGAUCUCAUUCGGAUAUUCACCUCCAACUGUCUUUUCAUCCACUCUAUUAGAAUUACAUGUCAAAGUUGUCUCGGUUGAUGAUUGUCUUUAUUUACUUGAUGGUCGUUUCAAUCAACUUCGAACGUUCUAUGUAGAUGUGCAAUGUUCAUUUCCUAAUUCCGGCUUCAAAAUAAAUAAAGGAAAACUCCCAAAUUUACGAUGUUUUUCAUUGUAUUGUUUUUCUGAAAUCCGUUUCUAUGAUAGCGUAAUCAUACCACUUUUACAUCGAAUGUCAAAUUUAUAA